UACGAUUCUCCGAUAAACCCUUUUUGAAGCGGAUGAGACAUCAACCUAUAGCAAUUUAUUUAGAACAAUGAUGGAUCAGAUUAGAUAAUGAAAAAUUAUCCAUUCUCCGUUUUCAAGCUAAGUGAUAAUAUUUAUGUACCAAACCUCGAUCAAAGUGUUUUUAUGUGUAUAUAUUAUUGACGAAAUUGCUACCAAAAUGAGCCUAGAUCACAAUUUUAAUGCCUUCAAUAAUCAGGCAUUUGAAGAAAUGGAAGAAAUCCCUUUACCAGUAUAUUUAGAAACACCUGAGUUAAAAGGAAACCUUGAACUAACAGAAACAAAUGAUACAGGUUUCAACUAUAGCAGCAGCUUGCAACAUGUCAGAACCACGGAAAGUAAUGUCAUUUCCAGUCGAGUGAUCUCAUCGCAGCCCUCUAGAACAAACCAUCAUGAUCCUGGAACCAGACGCCCAAUUCCAAUAUCAAUUAUCGAUAGGGAUACUUUUGGAUCAUCUUUUCAAGCUCCUGUGAAUGGGUUAGAUUUUAUGAGAAACGCUGAUCAGUUGAUAAUACAACAGAACUGUGAUCUCACUGACUUAAUGGCCAAUACAGAAAACAGAUACACUGUAAAAAUCCCUGCCAGAGAAAACGCUGAAGCCAUAUAUUAUGCUACAGAAAGUUCGAAAAGUUGCGAGAGAUGUUGCUUCGGUUCAGGUAGAUCAUUUAGCAUGCGUCUCUAUGAUAGGACAGACCAGGAAGCCUUGUCUUUAAAAAGAAGACUUGCCUGUGGAUAUUGUACCUUUAUGUGUCACUUACAGAAAAUGGAAGUCUGGAUACCACCCGGAGAGCUGGUAGGCACCAUCUCACAACAAUGGAAACCCUUGCAAAUAACAUUUGAGGUGUGCAACAGACACGAACAAGUUUUAUACAUUAUUGAGGGCCCCAGGUCGUUUUCUUGUUGCCAUCAAACCGAAAUGUUGCAAAUUUACACCUCUGAUGGCUCGACACAGAUUGGGACCAUUGUGCAUCAAUGGGACCCAGUUUCUGUAAGGUACCAGCUUCUACUACAGAUGCCUAGUUCAAUUACUGAUAAUAGACAUAAAGCGUUGUUACUUGGAUCUGCGUUUUUAGUGGAAUACAUGUUCUUUGAAAGCUCUCAGAAGAAAAUGAGUUUGGGAUGCUUAUGUUAGAUGAUAUAAAUUUUAUGUGAAUAUGUAAAAAUAUUUAGAGAAAGUUGUAGAUAAUUUACUAUCGAUGGGUUUGGAAAAAAACUAGUGCCAGCACUUUAUUUUACUCAAAAAUUGUUAUGCUUCUAAAUAUUUGUUUAUAUUUAAUAAUAUGUGGAUAUUUUUGUUAAUAAAUAAAAACACCUUAUUGGCUUUGCAUCUCA